AUGAUCUCCAAAGUGAGCACUGCGGGUCUGCUCUGUGCGGCCGUGCUGCUGAUCCACAGCGGUGGUGAAACACAGGCACAAGAAGGUGAAGAAUAUGAAUAUUUUGAUUAUGUGGAACAGCCAAAGAACUGCUCAGUGUCAGAGUCCAUCGCAGGAGGCUGGGUGUCCUACUCACUAGGGGGAGCCGCAGGAAGUGUGCUGACCUACCACUGCAAUGAGGGGUCCUAUCCUUUCCCAGUGAGUGAGAGAGAAUGUGCUGAAGAUGGAGAAUGGUCCACCAUGAGGCUGCCCAAUGGGAGGAUGGCGUCCCAGGCAACAUGUAAAGAGGUUCAGUGUCCCGCUCAACUCCAAUUGGAUAAUGGUCAGUUCUGGCCUCGAAAGGAGUGGUUUCGUCCAGGAGAGACGCAGGAGUUCUUGUGCAAUAACGGGUACAAUCUGUAUGGGUCAGCUCUGAGAAACUGCACAGCCUUGGGCCAGUGGACCGGUAUUCUUCCCAUCUGUGAUGAUCGAACGGACGACUGUGCGAACCCAGGCACCCCCCCAGGAGCUCUAAGUUUUGGACACCGGUUCCGGGUCGGAGAGAUAGUCAGGUACCGUUGUCAGGCAGGCCUGGACCUUUUGGGAUCAGCUGAGCGGAUCUGUCUGGACUCACUGGAGUGGAGUGGCUCAGAGACUCGCUGUAUGGCUCCAUUCGCCUUUGAUUCCCCGGAAUCUGUGGCCCAAGCAAUGUCUGGCUCCUUCUCCGGCAUCGUGACGGAUUCCCCCAAGGUCAAGAAGACAGUCUCUUAUGGCAGAACUAUCCGGGUGGCCGAAGACAGCCUAAACAUCUACAUCUUACUUGACACCUCUGGCAGCAUCACUAAAGAAAACUUUGAGCACGCCAGGAAUGCUGCGAUCAGACUUAUACAGAAGCUUGACAGCUACGAGGUUGAAAUGAGGUUUCAUGUCGUGUCAUUUGCCAGUGAAGCCAAAGACAUAAUAUCCAUAACUAUCCCAUAUGCAAUCUCCGCGGAUCAAGUUGUGGAACGCCUAAAUGAAUUUGACCAUAAAGCUCAUGGGAAAAAGACAGGCACCAAUCUCUACGCUGCCCUGUACAACGUGUACGAGAAAAUGGCCAUCCUCAAGAAAAACAGACCGAAAUUCAACGAGACUCAGAACAUCAUCCUAAUCAUAACAGAUGGUCACAUCAACACAGGGAAGAGCCCAGAAGAGGUCCUUCGAAAGAUCCGAAUAUUGCUGGGCAUCAAUAAGUACAGUGUGGACCAUUCAGCUGAGAACUUCCUCGACAUCUAUGUGUUCGGAGUGGGGGGCAAAGUAAAUAAAAAGCAACUAAAUAACAUUGCAUCCAACAAGAGGAAAGAGAAGCAUCUGUUCUUUUUGAAUGACAAUGAAGACUUGAAAAUGGCAUUCGACAAGAUGAUUAGUGAUUCUGGGGUGACCAUGUGUGGUGUGGCACACGAGAACAGAUCAAACAAAGAGGAUUACACAAGGCCCUGGCAUGUUAAUAUAAUGAAUUGCAAGGGCUCUAUACUGACUGAGAACUGGAUCCUGACUGCAGCUCAUUGCUUUACUCAAAAGCACGUGGACCACCCAGAAAGCGUGGAUGUCGUACACGGGAAUGGAACGACUAAAGCAGCAUCUGUGAUUCUCCACCAGCAAUACAACGUGCGUGGCCUCAGGCACAAGGGCGUGAAAGAGUUUUAUGACUAUGACGUUGCACUUGUUAAGGUGGCUCAGCGUAUUAAACUCUCUGAAAAAGCUAGGCCUAUCUGUCUUCCCUGUACAAAGCCAUCAAGUCGCGCAUUAAAAAUGAGUCCCAAUGUAACAUGUGAAGAGCACGAAAAAGCCCUGCUCACGUUGGAAGAGAUACCAGCCUUCUUUCUGGCCAAGAAAGAAAAGCGCAAACAGGCGAUCAUCCACUUUGGGAGUAAGAGGCCGGACUGCAUAAAGCACGCAGCUGUCACCUUUUCACCAAAUAACACAGCAUCCUUGGAAGACAUUGUGACAGACAGGUUCCUGUGUACCGGUGGCUCAAAGCAAUACGAGGACAGCAUCACCUGCAAAGGAGAUUCAGGUGGAUCUCUAUUCCUUCGCAAGAGGCAACGUUAUUUUCAAGUGGCAGUGGUGAGCUGGGGUACAAAGAACAUAUGCAAUGUGGGAGAUUCCGGCGACAGUCCACCUGACAACGCCCGUGACUUCCACAUCAGUAUCUUCUCAGUGGUACCUUGGCUGCAAGAACAUCUUGGUCCGGAGCUUGAAUUCCUGCCAACAAGCAAAUAAGGAAAACACAAGAAAAAAAAUUGUACAUAAUAGAGGAUUCAAAUAUUUUGAAACUCAAAUAUGCAUAAUUCUG